AUGCCCCCAAUCCCCAUCCACAAAAACGCCCCAAUCGCACCUACCUCCUCAACGACCGCCGCCAAAGCAGACGGUAUAACCCCUUCGACAGCCUCAAACGACAACACCUCUCACAACCCGCCACCCACACGCACAACACCCGCCUACGCCCCAGCAACAACAACACAACAUGUCUCCUCUCAGCCACCUGCUCCUCAGCCCGGCGCCCGCCCCGCCGCACCAACAGGCACAGGAAUGAGCGAGAACUACCGCAACGGCAGCACACCAGCAGCGCCCCAACCAGGUGCGACUGCCAUGCCGACAGCAACAGUCAUCACAACGGAGACGCGACAAGCUCCACCACCACUACCACAAUUCAGUCAUCCCCCUCCUUCAGAUUCCAUGCUAGCCGGCCGCUCAACUACAACCUCCACCACUCCUUCGGCGUCGGCGGCGGCCAGUAAACCGGGCCCAACGGUUCUCAACUACGGUCCGGCGGCGAGCCCGUUCCAGACAGCUGAUACAGCGCAAGCACAACCUACGAGGACGAGCUUGGAACACCCACCGGGUUAUGUUCAAGCGCCGGAUAAUGCGCCGUACACGGCUGGAGGAGGCAUUGGUGGCCCGAGUGGAGCCGGAGGGGAUGGUGAGGGUGAGGGUGUUGGGGCGCAGGCGUGGAGUAUGUUGAAUAAAGCGGGUGAGGCGCUGAAGAAGGGCGAGGAGAGUGUGUGGAGGGCGGUCAAGGGGAAGAAUGGCGGGGGAUUCUGA